AAAACCCGUCAACAAAUAAGUCAGACCCGACGACCCCACAAUCAACGUUUUUCUCGAUCGAUCGUAGAAUACUGAAUGGACGGAGGAGCACCAGUGACCACCACCACGGGCGGAGGCGGCGGAGGAAGUGGAGGUGGACCGGCGCCGUUCCUCUUGAAGACGUACGAGAUGGUUGACGACACGAUGACAGACGACAUCGUAUCAUGGAGCGGGAGCAUGAAGAGUUUCGUGGUGUGGAAUCCACCGGAAUUCGCGCGCGUCCUACUUCCCUCCUACUUCAAGCACAACAACUUUUCCAGCUUCAUCCGCCAGCUCAACACCUAUGGAUUUAGAAAAAUUGAUCCGGAAAAAUGGGAAUUUGCUAAUGAAGAAUUUGUGAAAGGGAAAAAACAUCUUCUUAAGAAUAUACAUCGCAGAAAGCCUAUACACAGCCACAGUCAACCUCAGGGUUCUGUUGAUCCAGAAAGAGCAGCAUUUGAGGAAGAAAUUGAGAAAUUAUCACUUGAAAGGACUACUCUUGACGGAGACAUCUUAAGAUUUGAACAACUGCAGUCUGCUGCAAAGGUCCAGUUGGAAAGCCUAAAACAACGUAUAGGCAGCAUGGAGCUGCGGCAGGAGAAGUUGCUGACCUUCCUGGACAAAGCAGUUCAGAAUCCUGAGUUUGUUGAACGCUUUGCUCAGAAACUUGAAUCCAUGGAUUUUUCAUCAUAUAAUAAGAAGAGGCGACUCCCUCAGUUUGAUGACUCCCCCCAGACCGUUCAGGAAAGUAUUUUUGUUGAUAAUCACAGCUGCUCUAUGCCUGAGCUUGGGAACAUUUUUCACCAAGACUUUUGCAAUAAGCUCCGGCUGGAGUUGUCACCUGCUGUUUCGGACAUGAACUUGCUUUCACAGAGCACUCAAAGCUCCAAUGAAGAUGGGGGAAGUCCUGAAGGGAGGAUGGAGGGAUGGUCCAAAGAUGUGCACACGAGGACUGGUGGUGUUUUAUGUGUCCCUGAAGAGUUAGACCUAUCAGAUUCAUCUUUAUCGUGUAAAGCAGGACCUGAAAGCCCAAAACUUCAUUCCUUGCAGCAAUGUUUGAAUGCAUAUGAUGACGGUGAAGGUCUUAUCUCCUGCCAACUAAAUCUUACUCUAGCAUCUUCUUCUUUGGAACCCGACAAAAGUAAAAACUCAGGUAGGAUGGCUCCCCCAGGUCAGGAAAUUGGUACAGAACCACCAAGUUCUAAUAAUCACCCAGCUAUCAAAACUCAUUCUGAUAAUCAUCCCAUUUUGUCUUCACCACUUGAGGGUAAUCAGGAGAAGCAAGCGCCAGCAAAUGAUGUAUUCUGGGAACAAUUUUUAACUGAAAGACCGGGAUGUUCUGAUACUGAAGAGGCGAGCUCUAAGUUUAGGUCUAACUCAUUUGAUGAUCAGGAAGAGAAGAAAUCAAUCCAGGUAAUAUCUGGGAAGACGCAGAACGUGGAGCAUCUUUCUCUUGGAUAACCAUUGCUACCACGAGGCCCCAUCGCUACUUUCAAGGCUUCUCCUAGUGUUGUUCUGUGCUUUGUGGAAAUAUAAAUAGAGUCAUAUCGUUUUUUUAUUCCUUUUUCUUCAUAAUAAGUGUGUUAAGCUUAUAUUAUGACGAUAACAUUGUCCAAGAAGGUUAGACUUGUGGAUUUAUUGAUCACGAUGGCUUUAUGAGUCUCGUUUAGUUGAUAUAUAAAUAUUGUAAACGAAGUCCUUAAUUACUAGCCCUAUAGACUACAGAACAUGAGGCAGAUAACUAUUUCUUAAAUUUUCAUGUGUAUUUAGGCA